UGGCAACCCACAAUGACUACGGUUUUUUUUCUUGACCUACAUAUACCUUAUGAACCCUACUAUAUUCAAAUUCAUAAUCUCUAAAUUCUUAACUCGUUUCAAGGAACCACACCAAAACCUAUCAACAGGGACGAUUGAUUCAGCGAAACCUAACAAGAGAUGGGAAAUCUUUUAUGCUGCGUGCAAGUUGACCAAUCAAAAGUCGCUAUAAAAGAAGGAUUUGGAAAGUUUGAAGAGGUGCUUCAACCAGGGUGUCAUUGCCUUCCAUGGUUCUUCGGAAAACGGAUUGCUGGCCAUCUUUCCCUUAGGAUACAACAACUGGAUAUCAAAUGCGAGACCAAGACAAAGGAUAAUGUCUUUGUCAAUGUUGUUGCUUCCAUUCAAUUCCGUGCCUUGGCAGAGAGGGCGAAUGACGCGUUUUACAAACUUACCAACACAAAAAAACAACUUCAAGCUUAUGUGUUUGAUGUGAUUAGGGCAAGUGUUCCAAAACUCAACUUGGAUGAUGCUUUUGAGCAGAAAAACGAAAUUGCAAAAGCUGUGGAACAAGAACUCGAGAAGGCUAUGUCAGCUUAUGGAUAUGAAAUUGUUCAAACACUGAUUACUGAUAUAGAGCCAGAUGUGCAUGUGAAGCGGGCUAUGAAUGAAAUCAACGCUGCUGCAAGAAUGAGGGUGGCAGCUAAUGAGAAGGCAGAGGCAGAGAAGAUCUUGCAAAUAAAGCGAGCCGAGGGUGAAGCUGAGUCCAAAUAUCUCUCUGGGAUGGGUAUUGCUCGCCAACGUCAAGCCAUUGUGGAUGGUUUGAGAGACAGUGUGAUUGGAUUUUCGGUUAAUGUACCAGGGACAACUGCAAAAGAUGUCAUGGAUAUGGUCCUUGUGACACAAUACUUUGACACCAUGAAAGAAAUUGGUGCUACCUCCAAGUCUUCUGCUGUGUUCAUUCCACACGGACCUGGUGCUGUUCGUGAUGUAGCUAGCCAAAUCCGUGAUGGACUUCUCCAGGGUUCUGUAUCUCAUCAGUAGCUUCUAUUCCUCGUAUUUCGUAUCUAAUUUGUAGUGCAGUAUGGUGACUUUCUAUAGUUACUAUUAUACUUUCAGUUUGCAACUUUAUUAUAGAUAUUAUGGGGUUUCUACAUUAUAAUUGGCGCA